AUGCCUUCCAAUAGCCACCAAACCGAACCCAUCUCGCACGGGUGUCCGUUCGUGUCCAGCUACGACGGGAGCCGCGCAAAGUCCUCCUUCUCGUCAUCGUCGUCGUCGUCUUCCAACGACGGCAGUAACACCUCGAACGGCAUCAGCGACUUCGAGGACGAUUCCAGUUGGUCGGGCGAUUACGUUUGCGAUGGCGGCAGUGGCGGCAGAAACCCGAUCGGCGGUUCCUCGUCGUCUUCGGGCAGCGAAAAAAGGUCGGAAUCCACGUACAAAGGGAACAAGUGGAUCAAAGCGGUGUUGUCCAUGGUGCAGAACGGCAGCGCCGACGGUAAAAAGCGCGGGAAAAGUUCAUCGAAACCGGUCAAGUCCAUAUUGCGGCCGCUGACCACGUACCGCCACGUCAUCGGUAUGUCUGGACUCCCGUUAAAGGUGCCCGUAUACCCUAAAAUGAUGUGA